UCGAACGAAAACAAAUCAAUACGCACAUGGUGCUCUCUGGGGCGGCACUGUUUAUUGCACCAGCUUGCAAAUUCAUCAUUACUUACCAAAGUAAAUUAUAAAAAAGCAUGUUAGUUGAGGGUUCAUAAUGCUGAAACCAAUUCUUCAUCAACUGGCUGCCAAGCGUGUGGUAUUGGCCAGCGGAUCUCCCCGAAGGCAAGAACUGAUCCAGAAUAUCGGCCUUUCCAGUGUUCACCUGUGCCCUUCGACCUUCGAAGAGAACCUCAACAAAGCGGACUACUCGUUUGCGGAUUAUGUGGCGGAAACGGCCUACCACAAGGUGCUGGAAGUGUACACCAGGCUCAGUGCGAGUAGCGAUCCCACCGAGCGGCCAGAUGUGGUAAUCGGUGCAGACACGAUGGUCACCAUGGACGGUAGAAUGUAUGGCAAGCCGAAGACACCGGAGGUUGCAUUCCAGAUGCUCAGUGAGCUGAUGGGUCGACAGCACAUCGUCUACACGGGGGUAGUUAUCAAAUAUCAUGACAAGGAGGUGAAGUUUACGGAAGCUUGCAAGGUGCACUUCGGGAAGGCAACGGCCGAGCAGAUACAAGCCUAUGUUGAUACUGGAGAGCCAUUAGAUAAAGCCGGUGGCUAUGGAAUACAGGGUAUUGGAGGCACGUUUGUGGAGAAAAUCGAAGGGGACUACUUUACGGUGGUAGGGCUGCCGUUGUAUCGAAUAUCGGCAGAGAUAUGCAAACUGUUUGAAUAUGACGUGAGCAAGUGAGGCUUCUAGCACCUACUAGCUUUAAAUAAGAUAGUUC